GAAUGCGGCUGCAGAAGGAGCCAGCAUACUUAUGCGCCUGACACGGAUACUGUUCUGUCUUUACAGGAGGGAGAGAAACACAAGCUUGCUUUUCUCCGGUGUGACACCCCUCCCCCCUCCUCUGCCAUUUAUUCCACCUGGAUAUUUUUUGUGUUUUUCCCACGGAGAGGAUUACUUAAAAAAAAUUAUCAAGUUCAUUUUGAUUCUUUUUUUCUCCCUUCCCUUCUUUGGACCUAUGAAAGAGAGAGAAUGUGCGGACUUUCGAGCGCCUCACUUGCACCACAGCGGACUAAAGGCUGAAUAACUGCAUUAUUCAUUUUUACGCACCGGUUUCUCUUGUCCUUACUCGUCUCUCUUGUUUCUCUCCGUUUUUCUUUCUUCCCCCUUUUUUUCUCGGAAAGGAGCUUCAAUAUUCUCCUUUGUUAUUACAGGGGAAGAGAAACAAACAAACAAACAAACAUAAGAACUGAUUCCCUCCCACUUGGAUGAGACUGAAAUAAUCUCCAUUCGCCUGCGAACAAAGUGAAGAGAACCACCAACAGUUUUUUGGGGGGUGGAGGGAUUAGCGCUGUACGGAUGGAGAAUAACCUCGUGACAAAACCAACCUGAUGGGGGCAUUUUGGCCGCUUCUGCCCUCUGGAGCUUUAUUCCCGUGCGCAACUUCGCUGGAAACGAACCAGUAUUUAUUCAUUGGCCCUUCGGAAGGUUGCUGAGCCGAGCUGUAGCCAGACGCACAGUGCUGGCCAUCAUCAUCACCAUCAUCAUCCCCUCUCCCUCCCCAUUUUCUACUCAUUGCUACUCCUCUUUCUCUCGAUCAGUUCCCCGCCUUAAAUAAAAAAGAGAGGAAAAACUCUGAGAAUGAUGGACUUAUUCCACCGUACUGGUGUCCGCCUUGCGCCCCUUUUCACGCCUUGGAGUCGCCGGACGCGCCGUGAAGAUCUCUGAAAGCUAUUUGCCUCCUCCCCCCACCCCCCAACCCCUCUCUCUAUUUCCCCCUCUUUCUGCCUUCUUCUACCUUUCCCCCGCUCCCUCUCUAUCUCCCCUGCACCCAAAUGAACGUUUUCCCAUGGAGGUAGUACGGCUACCUUGGGGACCGAACGAGCAGCGGGGCGAUUUUUCCAAGCAAGAGGAGCCCGUCAGUAAGAGGCGCAUCGGGUGAAAUCGGACCUCCCUCCUUCUUCGCCUCUCCUCCGCUCCCUCCUCUGUUUCUCCAUCUCCGCCUCGCACCUCCACCUCUCCAGUUUGCUCGGCUCCCUACAUGGGGCUAUAGAGGACUGGGGGGAGACCUUGUUGCGCCCCUAUAACUGUCGGCUUCCGCUGGGAGGACUGUUUGCACGGCUCCAUCCAUGUCUCACCAAUGCUGCCCCGUGUCUCCAGAGGGAGCCGCAUUCAUCACCACCACAGCUUUGGGUUACUAAAUGGUUUUCUGGGGGAGGAUUUCUAACCGGCGAAAUGCUGCUCGUACUCCUGCUGGCAGCCUUUUCUUCUUCUAUCUCCGGCUCUCUCGCCUCCUCCCUUUCCUCCCCCUCAAUGUCGAACGGACCCCCGAUGGCAGACCCGUCCGCCCCGGACUUGCUGGCCGAGACCUGCGUCGCCUGCUCCUGCAUGUCGGUGGAAAACGUGCUGUAUGUCAACUGCGAGGAGAUCACCGUCUAUCGACCCACACAGCUCAUCCCUCCGGCCUCGUCCCUCUACCACCUUAACUUCCAGAACAACUUUCUGAUCAUACUCUACCCAAACUCAUUCCUCAACUUCACCCACGCCGUCUCGCUGCACCUCGGGAACAAUAAACUGCAGAACAUCGAAGGUGGGGCCUUCAUGGGGAUGAGUGCGUUGAAACAGCUGCAUCUGAACAGCAACGAGUUAAAGGUGCUGCGUGCGGACACUUUCCUAGGCAUAGAAAACUUGGAAUACCUUCAGGCUGACUACAACUUAAUACAAUACAUUGAGAAGGGAGCCUUUAACAAACUGCACAAGCUCAAAGUGCUGAUCCUGAAUGACAACCUCAUACAGGCACUCCCCGACAACAUAUUUCGCUUUGCCUCGCUCACACAUCUGGAUAUAAGAGGGAACAGGAUCCAGAAACUUCCCUAUUUGGGAGUUCUGGAGCACAUUGGACGCAUUGUAGAGCUGCAGCUGGAUGACAACCCCUGGAACUGUACCUGUGACUUAGCGCCUCUCAAAGCGUGGCUUGAAAACAUGCCCUAUAAUAUUUUUAUUGGCGAGGCCAUAUGUGAAACGCCAAGUGACUUGUACGGGAGGCUCCUGAAAGAAACCAACAAACAGGAGCUUUGUCCCAUGGGAACUGGAAGUGAAUUUGAUGUUAGGAUGCCACCUGCACAGCCCUCCAAAACGCCCCCAACUACUGUGGCUCCCAUAGCCACGAAAGCGCCAAAAACCACAGACUCAUCAAAGUUUUAUGGCAAUGGUAUUGUGGCUGGAAGGAAUAACCAGAUUGUUUCCUUUCAGCUGUGUCCACAGCCCUGCAGCUGCAAAGCCCACCCUUCUGACUUUGGCAUUAGCGUCAGCUGUCAGGAGAGGAAUAUUAAAAAUCUAGCUGAUCUCGUUCCCAAACCCCCAAAUGCCAAGAAGCUUCACCUGAGUGGGAAUUACAUCCGUGACAUCAAUCCGAGUGAUUUCCAAGGUUUUGAGGGCUUAGAUCUGCUGCAUCUUGGCAGCAAUCAGAUUGUCACAGUCCAGAAAGGUGUGUUUGCUAACCUCACUAACCUGAGGAGACUGUACUUAAACGGAAACCUGCUUGAACAGUUACACCCAGAGAUGUUUUUGGGCCUCACAAACCUACAGUACUUAUAUUUGGAAUACAAUGCCAUAAAGGAAAUCUUAGCAGGUACGUUUGAUUCCAUGCCGAACCUUCAACUCCUGUAUCUCAACAACAACGUUCUGCGGAGUCUCCCUGCUUAUGUGUUUGCGGGGAUCCCUUUAGCCAGACUCAAUCUGAAAAACAACCACUUCAUGACCCUGCCAGUGAGCGGUGUCUUGGACCAGCUGCGGUCACUGACCCAAAUAGACCUGGAAGGGAACCCGUGGGAGUGCUCAUGCGAUCUGGUCGCCCUCAAACUCUGGCUGCAGAAGCUAAGUGAUGGAGUGGCUGCCAAAGAGGUGAAAUGUGCCUCCCCUGUGCAGUUCGCCAACAUUGAGCUGCGCCUCUUAAAAAACGAGAUCCUGUGUCCUCGGAUGGCGAGGCCGCCAUUUAUUCAGACUGGCGCCACCCCUGUUUUGACAUCAGUGUCGCCUGCUGGAGUUGGCAAAGCACCACCGGGAGGGCCUGUGCCUCUCUCAAUUAUGAUCCUUAGCAUCCUCGUAGUGCUGAUCCUGACUGUGUUUGUGGCCUUCUGCCUUUUAGUCUUUGUCCUGAGGCGGAAUAAAAAACCGGUGGGCAGGCAGGAGGGGCUGGGGAACCAGGAGUGCGGCUCAAUGUCUUUGCAGCUUCGCCGCCACAGCCACAAAUCUGGCAAAAAAGGUUCUAUCCCCGGUGACGACUUGGGAGGCGAGACCUUCAUCCCUCAGACUAUCGAGCACAUCGGCAAGAGCCACACCUGCGGGAUCGGUCGCUCCUCAGACUUGGAUGCCGGCUUCAAAUUUGCAGACUCGCAGAGGCAGAAGAUCAUCCUGCGGAACAGCGCAGACAAGGAGAAAGACAUGCUUUCCACUCUGGAGCGCAACAAACGCCUCAGCACCAUUGACGAACUCGAGGAGUUUCUCCCCAACCGAGAGCCCAGCAUGUUCAUCCACAACUUCCUGGACAGCAAAAGAGAUUUCAACAGUAUAGGGAUGGGCGGAUAUGAAAUCCGCUACCCAGAGAAAACGCUGGAUAAAAAGAUGAAGAAGUCGUCGCUGAUAGGCGGGAACCACAGUAAGAUCGUUGUGGAGCAGAGGAAAAGUGAGUAUUACGAGCUGAAAGCCAAGCUCCAAGGAACGCCUGAUUACCUGCAGGUGCUCGAGGAGCAGACUGCCCUGAGUAAAAUGUAGGGACUGUUGUGUUUGAUCUGUGCAUUGAUUACACACACUUCUACAGUAUGAAGUCAGCAACAUGCAGGCAGACAGCCGAACACAUUUCUCUGGCUCUUUGUCCUCUCGAGACACACACACGUCAUUCAAACCUUCAGAUCUCUCACCCUCUGCCUUCAUUUCCCUCUCUGCAGCCACACACACACACACACACACACACACACACACACACACAAAGCAAAAAAAGUGCCUUCUGGAAAUCCUUAAUGACCACUGCAGAGAUGGACAAAAUGGCUCCACACUACAAGGCUAUUACUAGAAUAAGCGUGGAUGUAUUUCACAGUAAAAGACCUUCUGGAUUAUCCAUGCCACUCACAUGUACGAAUCCUGCAAACUUACCAUAGGACACCCUUAAAAAAGCAACCAGACAUAGUAUUUUUUGCUGCUACUGAAAUGGGUACUUACUACUUUGUAUUUUUUGUUGUUCUUGUUGUUGUUCUUUUUCUUUUACUGUUUUUUUUCCAACCAAAUCAAAGGGUCUUGAAACAGUGCUUGAGAAUAUACCUCGCUGGCUUCAGCCCGUUUUUAAAAAAAAGAAAACGAGGGGAGCGCUGGUUGAUCUUUUUGCUCUGGAACGAAUCAUAUUUCCUUCUUCUGGGAUGAAAUUAACAGAAUCAGUGACUUAAAGGAUGCUACUUUGCUUUAUUCUAUUUUAUUUUGUUUUUAUUUGACCUUUUUUGUGUUGCUGGGAUAUCUGUUUGAUCUUGUGGAAGCUCUCCGGAGUUGGCUGCAGACUCUCUGCCAUCUUGUGUGGAUUACACAGCAGUAGCAGUACACCUGCUCUUUGCCGGGAGGCUAAACGGCUCCCGUUUUCCAUUCGUGGGAAUUGGAGGCACCGCGAAACUCUUUUGGGGGAAUGAUUUCAUGACUUGUUUUCUUUGUGUAAAGAGCCAUGUUAAAUAUAGUGUCUUCUGAAUGGAGUUGUGUUUCUCUUUAAAAAUUCCUACUUACAGUAACUGUAUGUUUUGGGUGAAAUCUAAUGGCACAUACACUGUCAGAGGACGUUUCUGAAAAAUGAAAAGAAAAAAAACAAAACCCAAUGAUUAAAAAAAGAAAAAAAGAAAAAAAAAAAGAAAUUACAAAGCUGCUUGCCAUGUAAGCGUAACCUGGAAUUUAUUUUGUAAGUCUUACAUUAUUUGUAUCUGUGGGACUGGUUUGUAAAUUACAAAGAAAGACACACACACACUCAUACUGUACGACGGAGCAUCAUCAACAUCAAGAGACUUCAUUGCCAGAUUGUCCAACAAACCGCUAAUAUAAUUCAAUCGGUGACCCGCCUCCCCCGUCAGCUCUCAAUUCGUAGAAAAAGAAUGAAAAUUUAACAACAUAGUUAAUUUAUUUUUCUAUGCAGGGUUAUUUAAAGAGUUAUCGGUAUUAUUUAAGAAGAAUAAUACGCAAAGAGUGGAAAGGACUUGAUAGUGUGCUGCAUCAGAGCUAAUUCAGUCGAUUCAAGGGUUUCUGUCUCUCUCGGUCUGCUGAGGAGCGCCUGCCGGAUGAAAGGUUGUGAAAUGUGAUCUGUGAUGUUUCCUUUUUCUUGUGUCGCACGAUGAGCAAGAGGCCUGAUAGAGUCUGUGACAUUUCCAGCAGUUUCCUUAUUCUUAUAUCUCCCACAGUAUCUUGUAAAAGGUUUCUUAUUAACAUUAUGCAACCAAAAUAAAUGUGCAUUAAACUGGAUAUGCUUCUGGAAUUGUUGGACCUGGGAGUAAGAAGGGAGGGAAAGCGAGGGCAAACCGAUCGAGGCUCUAAAUUGUCGGAUCUGGGCCGAAUCAUAUCGGAAAAACAACCAUGUGCAAUAUUAGCUCAGUCACCGUUUUGUUUUUAAUUUAUUUAGUUCGAGAUGAUAUUGUCAGGACAAGUUCUAUUUCGAAAUUCUUUAUUCAACUUAACUCUAUCCGGUCCUUAUUUAAAAAGUAUUGUUAAGUUAAAAUUAUGAGUGUUUAUUGACAUUACAAAUGAAUAGAAUGUAUCUUGGAAAGUAUAAUAAAUACAAUUUUCUAUCAGUCAUAAAUCUCCUGUAUAUUGGUUAAUUUUCUCGUGUAUAAUCAUGUUGAAAUCAAGGUAUUAAAAUCAGCACCUCUUUGCACCGUGUCCCCCCCAUUUCUUUUAAGCUCGUACAUCCUCGUCGUUCUUCGAGGCUGCUUAACUUUCAAACUUCUGCAAACCCUGCCAUUAGCAUUUUCCUUUCACAGAACACGUUGCAGCGUCUGACAGCUCAGUGUUGGACAAACUAAAGCUGACAGAACGCUGUUCUUGUUUUGUUCGAGUACAAACACUGGCUGCCCUUCAAGCAUAAUAUAUAAUUGUUUAGUCGCUUAGAAAACUGCCUCUGCAACUUGGGAAAGUCUUGUUUUUUACACCAAAGGCCAUGAACCAGUUCGAGCUUUUCAAGCUAACAGUUUAAGCAACUAAAACCAAGCCUAAAUAAAGACUCCAACCUUGAAAACUUCAUACAAACAUGCAUACGUGCUGGUUUUUCCUAUUUAGAUCCUCGAGCAAUGCUUAGUAGAGCUAUCACCAAAUAUUACAUCCCAAACAUCCGCAACUUUUUCCAUCUUUUCAGCUUUUAAGGCAGGUUUCUGACAGAACACCUGACUUUUUGUUUUUUUUGGCAGGUAUCAAAGUUCCCUCUGUUUAUAGACACCGAUCAAACAUUUAUGCCGUUUCCAUUUUAGGGUUAAAAAUUCAGAUUUCCUCUUUCUGUGUUAAUCCAAGCUUUUGUGCUUUUGGGAAACCAAGUAGCAGAGAGUAUGACUCAUCCAGACGCCAGAGAAUUGUCCUCAUUAAUUAUUAAUACCCAUGGCAGUUAUGAACUAAAAAAGGGAUGUGGGGAGAGAGGUGAGAGAUAGGAAUGUGAUAUGUAUAACCCCUCCAAACUGUCUCCCCCAUCCUUCCAUCCUUCUCCGUCUUUGUCAUGUUUGUGAUCGCACUGCUCUGUAAUAGAGCAGAAAUAUCAUUUGGUGCUUAAAAAAAGACACAAAUUGGCUGGAGACGUAGCUUUUCAGUCCAAAAUUUUACUGCAGUGACUUGGCUCUCGUGCAGGGUUCCUGGAAGGUCGGGGGGUUCUCGAGGUGCCACAACACUAGAAAACGGUGAAAUUCUAAAUUGUCACUUUAAUUUACCUCGCUAAACAUUAGCAGAACACAAAUGCACGAAAUCCUCACGAAUGUUUCUUUCGUUUUUCUUUUCUCUCCUUUCUGCUGUUAUCAUCCCACCUGCUGCAGAGACAGUUAUGCAAUUCUGUUCUGAAUCCUAACUGUUAAAAUCAUCUCUGCUGUACCUCACUGUGUAUUUUUAUCUGAUGGGGUGGCUCCGCAAAAACGUACGCCUUUCUGAGGGGAAGGAUUUAAGGGGGAGACUGUUGGUAAAAACCCUGCUGGAAGACGUCUGUAGCAUGCUUUAAUAUGGGGAAUGGCCACAAGGGGCGCUCUAAGCUAAGAACACAGAAGUGAAAUAGUGUGAGUGGACUUCAGCAUCACUGAUGUUUGAAGGCGUUUGGUUAAAAGAAACCACUGAUGUUUUAUUCUACUUAUAGUCUUGCCUUAUUAUUAUUUUUCUAAGAUUUAAAGUGAACUGGGAUUACAGAGGCCCCACAACAUUCUGACUGUGCCUAUUUAUAUGACCAGGAAUUCAUAAUAGGUGCAACCAUCAGAUAAAUAAUACUAAUAAAAAUGAGGAAGUAAAAUAAAGUAAUGCUUAAAAAAGUGCAUAUGUUCAGUGACUAUUGAUUAUUCUGCAUAAUUAUUAUGCCACUGCAUUCAGUGAUUUGCAGUCUGUGAGCAGCAUCAAGAUGAUUAACCUCUUCACAUCCACCAGACAACUCCACGCAGAGUGACAGAUGUGAACACAAAGUCAAAACUAAGUGACCUGCUGGAUGUUUAGAGGUGAACCCUCUGAGGUCCAAGGAGUCAUUUUUUGAUGUGCGUCAGAAUAUUUGUUAUUUUCUUCCUGAUUGGACAGAGUUGGAAAAACAAGCUGCCUGAGGUUUAACUUGUGUUGUGGUUGAAGAACAAACACCCCUAACUCUCACCGCAGUCUGACUGUUUUUGUUUGUUUUUUAAAAAUUUUCAGCUGUUUCAUUUCAAACUGUUUGGCUAACUAAAGAGUCUCAAGCUAAAGAAGGACCUGCGUCACUAUGCCAGAGUACAGCACAUGCCCAAGAGCCACAACUACAAGUAGUGCAACAACAAAACCAGUGAAACCAUAUCAGCAUCUUUUUGCCAUUAAACAUCUUAGAGUUUGUAUGAGGAUAUCAUUUAUUCUGUGUCGACCAGAAAACUCUGAACCCUUUUUACCAUUUAGCAAAACUGCUAAACUGCGUUGCUUUUUAACGGCGCACUUGGUGUUCUCCAACGGCGCGUUUAGUCAGAACUUGAACGCAGCCUGAAGGUUUGGUUAGGAAUGCAAAUUCUGAAUCAUUAAAAUGUCUUGGUUCCUUUUUUUUAACAGCGUCUAACCAAAUGAAGACAGCCUUACAGGGGGGUUAAUGUCUGAGAGAUGUACCGGCUACGUGUUGGCUUCAGUUGUUGUCUGUGCCUAAAGUGUGCAGUCUCAUUUCCCUGUGGGGUUUUUAGCUUGUCUAUACAUCACUGAGACAUUGUGUUAAUGUAAAUGAUCUGUUGUAGAUCCGAAUUUCAUCGACGAGUCUCAUUACUUCACCUUUUUUUUUCAUUUUCUUCUUAUUUAAAAAAGAGCACGAACACACUUUUCACAUUAGUAUAUUAAUAGCCCGUGUAGAAAUCUAUUUCCUGCAGUGUAAAUUUGCAUAUUGUAAAACAAAUGUCUGCCCUCCCUUUCUUAUUUGUUCCAAGCCCGAUGCAUCUUGUGGCAACAGAAGAGAAGAAUUAAGCUACAUUUGUUUUUCACAGCACCAGUCGGUUCUCUUCUCAUGGAUAAUUUUAAACAGACGUGAUGAACCAAAUGCUUCUAGUUUUGGAAGCUGCGAUCGAUAAAACAUUUCCUGUUUACAAAGUUGAGCUGCUAGUUUUGGAGCCACUUUAACCGCGUCUUAUUUAAAUGCUUGAAUAAUUGUAUUUUGUUCAUACUGGGUGAAAUAUUUCAAGAUCAAAUGGAAAUAUUUAAUUUUCCUUUAUCAUCUGAUAACCAUAAUUCUUAUAGAUGAUAAUGCUAAUUAUCUUUGUAUUCUAAUUAAGGUUUUAUACUGGAAGGAUCAGCCAUUUUUCCUGUGCUGUGCUUCCUUUUGCUUUUGCCUAACAUGCAUCAUUUAUGAUGUAUGCUCGGUUUAUUUUAUCAAUGUGCUGUUUGAAGCGACAGAUUAUCGUUUAACAUUUUUACUCAUCAUAAUUAAUAGUGUUCAAGUUAAGAUAUAAUCUGGAGUCCUGGAACUGGAAAUAAUAACCCCGAUGUAAUGAUGUCAUGUGGCUCGUCAGGGUUGGGGAAAGACUUUGAGGGAUAGAUUUUGAAAGGCAUACCUGGGAACCUAUCAGCUCUUCUCAUCGCGUAGCCUUCUGCGGGCAGCAGCCAGUUUUUAGGACCUGCAGGUGCCAUCAGCAGAUAUUCAGGGAAGAGAUCGCUUACUGUCCUCUGGUCAUUGUCUGUGAAUUUAGACACAUUUCCAAAGAUCAUGAUUUGAUUUUGAGAUUGUGCUUUUACCAAAUACAGUUCAUUUUUGCUUUUAUAUUGGCUAUUUUUCUACAUGCAAUCGAAAUAUGCACCAACACAGUAAGCUGGUUGAAAGUGCGUAUGUAAACUAGGUUAGGUUUUGAGCAGUCAGUGGAACCACUGAAAAUGUAUCCAAAGUAGAUAAAUGAAACAUAAAUGAAAGAGUCCACUAUAGCUCUACAUAUUUAUAUUCUGAUGUCUGUUUGUAGAGAUUACUAACACUGAUAUUCACUUGACAAUGCGGAUGUUGCAAAAAUCAUUAUGGAGUUUGAGUGUGGGAGAGCUAGUAUAUUUCUUUGGCUGCUUGAAUUCCAUCAAAAUGCAGUGCUAAAUACUGCAGACUGAUUUACAUCAGCUUGUCCUACAUUACAUGUACGUAGUAUUGCAUCUGUGUAUCUGUAUCACAGUAAUGAAUGCAGACUUGACUUGGAUUGGCUGAUAAAUUUUUGAAUUAAAAGGACUAUUACCAUUAGAGGAUUGGACAGAAUAUUCAAAAUACGCCUUCAAAAUAAAAAUUUGUGCUUUCUUUUCCUACAUCUGUGAAAUUGUGCCAGUGGUUUGACUACAGAGGACAGAUUAAAUUAUUCAAGAAAGAAUUCUAAGAUCCCAUAAAAUUAUCUACAUUUCAACCCAAACCCUCCCGUCACUACUGUAGUUUGCACUAAUGUGUAUUUGCUGUAAUUAUUUUGUCUUUGACACCUUAUUAUGAUGUGGGGGCGCAUUUGUAGCUGCGGUGGCUCAUGUCUGCUGAAUGCCAACAAUGUUCUUAGGAAUGGUACCCGGACAUUUUUGGCAUCCGCCACAGUCAGGCGGCCAUUUGAGAAGGGAUGAAAAGGGAUGGUAUCUCCCUGGUUACUGCAAAUUACUCAACGCAUCCCCUAUGAGAGGAAAACAAUGGCUGCCCUCCCCACCAGCUGCCUCAUUAAACAUAGACAAAUCCACCAGUGCUGCUCUGCUCUGGCUGCUUGGCUGCCAUUUUCACACCACUUAUUCACAGAAGCCAGUCACCUGUCUGUGGAGGCCAUCGCAGGCAAAAGUGUGAAAAGCAAAGCUGGAUUCGGAAUAUUUUGUGCAUGUGCCUUCCUGUCGUUACACAGAGGGAUGUGAGUGUCUGUCGUUAGCCCCUGGGGUCUCGAACCUAAAGCAACAAAGUGCAAACUUUCAUCUCAGCCACGGUGCGUUUGCACUAAGCAGCAGUGAGAUACGCGUGCACCAUCACACUCUUUUACAAUAUAACAGUGACAAUAUAAUAAUUAUAGCUUUAAUUUAAUGCAUCCACGUAUUAAAGAGCAGCGCUCUAUUAGCUCUGCGGGGCCUAUUUGGCCUCCACAUCAUUAAAUUAAUUCCAUUUCUCAUUUAAACUCUGUCAUUUGGAUACAACUUUUUUUUUUGUCAAGCUUUGUCUAGAAAGGAGAAUGAGUUCUGACCAAAUUGAGACGUCCACCUUGUGAAAAAGUGACACUCGCUCUCCAAAAAUAAUUGAGUCACCUAAAGCAAAACGCUCUUCAGUGAUACUAUUACCACCUGUGUCUGAGGCUAACACAUUUCUACUCUCAUUUCCUGUUUGAGUGCUGAAGCUUUAAAUAUCUUGAGGUCAUUUGGUUGACACACUGUGUGUAUUCUCUUCUGCCAAACAGACACUACAGUGUCCACUUUUAAUGCAGUAAUGAUGACUUCUGUUGGUGAAGGGUUUUCAUACAUGAAUAAGAAGUUGAAGCCCGAUUUCAACUUGUGCAUAAAUUGUAAUUGUGAUGUAAAAGUGCUGCUGUUAUAUGUAUUUAGCCACAAGUCUGCCAAAAGUUUAUUGACAUGUGUGUAGUUUUUAUUUCAAGCCAGUGUUUGAUAUUCCCAGAAAUCCUGGAAAAGAAGAAUAAUCUGUAAGACAAACAGUGUUAUUUUGGAGGGAGACGUCAGGCUGCAGGUAGUGUGUCAGACUCAUUCUACACAAAACAUAUACUGAAUUACUGAAAAAGAAACCUACAUAAUCGUUGGUGUUGUUAGUAAAGCGUCCCCAGCACUUCACUACAUCUGAUUAUUACAUUAGAUUUCCCACAUUUAGUGUUUUAGUGGUGGUGGAGAGCACGCGGGUCCAAAACCUCCUCCAGGUUCAUGCAGGUUGAGCUCUGAUGACCAGUUCACUCGAUUCGCAUAAUUUUCAUCUUCAUCAAUCUACUGAGUGACCCCUCAUGCCCUCUGGAUGAGGUAUUAUCAUCCUGGAAGACACUGCUCCCAUAAGGAUAGACGUUUCUCCUCCAAGACAAAGGUGAUCACUCAGAACAAAUUGCUAUUGAUUUGUAGUGACCCUCUCCUCUCAGGGUACAAGUGGACCCAAGGCGUUGGCAGCAAAAUGCCCCCACACAGCAUCACGCUGCCAGCAGCUCCCCUCGCUGUACGGUCCAGGGUUUUCCUGUACAUCCAAUCAUCUGUAGAAAUUAGUGAAAGUUCUUUUAAAAAAGAUAUAAAGGGUAUGAAACCAAGAAAUUCCAACGCAUACGCUGGUCCUGAAGUUAAUGAAGGUGAACUGCCCUAAAAGAAACCUCUAAAGUGUUUAUUGUUUGCAGUACCGCCUGUUCUGUUUGUGCAAAUGACCUAAAUCAGGAGAUCAGGCUGUGAGUUAAGUUUAACAAAAGCCAAACUGUUGUUUGUCUUUUCAAGCAGCUGCUGAAGCUUUUUUUCAUCACCAUUAACAAUUUGUCAAAAAAUGUGCUUUGGAGCUGCACUCAUUUCCUCUGUGUUCAUCACUGCUUUGCUCUGUUUUGUUUGACAUCUGGCUGCACUUUGGAGAAAAAAGAGUUGCUGUCAGCAGUAAGAAUGGUCAAACUUCAGCAGCCGUCACAAAUCAGCGUUAGCCUACUAAACUAAUAAUUCAUGAAGUUACGAAUAACGUAUCUGCAAGUCCCUCAUCUUACUUACAUAGACUCCAAAUGCUUAUAUGAUAUAACACGAUCUAUAAUGAUAAACUUAAAUGAAUCUGAUAAUUAAAUAAAAGUUUUUCUUAGUAAGAGUAACAAUAUAAGAAAACGUUGGUUUAGCGUUUUGGAAAUAAUGAAUUAUUUGGGGAGUCUAAAGUCUAAAGACGGGAGUUACACAUCAUCUUCUAAGUAAUGGAAAGCGUUGGGUGUCAUUAAAGCUCCUGUAAUUUGACAGAUGAGCCCUGAAAGUUAAACCAAGUCAUGUUAGCAGGCGAACAACCCGCGUGCAUCAGCUGUAAGCUGUGAUUAAUGUGCUGUUGUUUCCUCUGGGUACAAACCCACACCUGUCUCUAUUUUAUAACAUUGAUCUAUGACAGAUCAAUGAAGGCAAGGGAACAAUUGCAGACAAGUAGAGGAGACAUGCUUAGAUGUCGGGACUGCCCCUAGAGGUUACACGCUGGUCUGUGAGUGUGUCAGACUUUUUGUUUGCCUGCAGCUGACGUCCUGGGGGAGCACAUCAGAGGCUUUCCUUCUCCUAUUAAGCCCGCACGAUCAAUAGCUCAUAUCAUCACGUAGCCCCCACCAACAUUCAGCAAAGAAAUAAUUAAUGUUUGUAAAAAAAUUGUGCGUAAAGUAAAAGAUGUACCGUGUCUUUGCUUGUUAUCACUGCUGGUCCAAUAACAUCUGACACCACAGCCAUGUUUUCAAAGUGUUUCUGUUUGUUGUUGUUUAUGUACCAUUGCUAAUGCAUCUUUUUCUCUUACUUUCUCUUUUCAUUUCUGAAAGCACAAACUACAGCAACAUUUCUAUUGACUGCAGCACCGAGCGUCUCCUGGGAUGCCGCCUUAAACUGUGUGUAGUUAUAGCCGCAAUCAUCCUUCUUCCUUUCCCCAAGCCUGCCCAUCAGCCCUGUUUGCCUGGGUCUGUCCAUCCAUCGUCUCAUCUGCCUGUCUUUCUCUUUGCUGUACCUGAGCACAAUUAUGAUCCAUAGCCUUCUCAGAUACAUUGUGAUUGAUUGGGCUUUCCAGCUAACUAAUGAAUUGGCCCCUCAAGGACAUGUAGCGGGCCAGCUCUGGUAAUAAUGUAGACUCUGCUGAAGGCAGCUCACAGACUCCUGACACCACAGAUUUAACGCUUACAGUGUUUAUUUGGAUUUGGCUUUUGCAGAGGCUUUGUUGGGCUUUCAUUUUUAAAUAGCUUCUAAUAGCCUUUUGCAUUUUGUCUUAUAGUGACAUGCUGCUGUAAAAUUAUGCUGUGUGCGUGUGUGUGUGUGUGUGUGUGAUUAUAUGGCAAAUAACUUAUUAAACAGGUGUCUGUUCACUAUUUCUAUAAUCCUUAAAAUGCUGAGUUUCCCCUAUUAAAUGUAUGCUCCAUGUGAAAGAUGUAGGUGGUAGCUCACAGUGAUGAACCUGCACCAUGUUUUCACCUGACUUCAGUUCCCAUCAGCUCUGCAGAGCCUUUUAAGCAUCUUUGCUUUCUCAUUGAGGUCAAUCUUGUUGCCAGCCAAAAAUGAAGACAAUAAAACAGCCGUAAAUGAUCCACACGGCACCAAAGAACCAAAAACCAUAAGCUGACUUAGUAAUGAUGACAAUGUGGUCACCUCAACAGUUGUUGGCCUUGUGUUUGUGUGUUGGGUAGAGUAGUGGUGCAGUGGUUAGCUGUGUCACCUUACAGGUCCAGGGUUCUGGGUUUCAGCUCAGGCCUGUCUGUGUGACUGAGUGUUCUCCUUUUGCUGCAUAGUCCAAAGACACGUCUGUCGAAAGUCUGGUUGAAUAUUUUAUUUUUGUUUUCAGCUCAUAGCGGUUUAAUAAUGAUUUAGCUAUUAGGUACCUCCUUUUGUAUUCACUGACUGAUUGUAGAUGAUAGGUUUUUACCUAUUGUUAACUUAUGCUGUUUAAAAUACCAUCCAGUCACCAGGCAUAUCUGUCUUUCUCACACAAUUGUCACACUUACCUUCCAGAUCAAGCAAAUUUUAAUAUGAGACAAAAAUAACCAAAGUAAAUACAAAAUGCAGCUUUUAAAAGAUGAUUUUAUUUAUUGAGAGAGAAAAGCUCCCCAACUCUAAUAAGCCCUGUGUGAAAAGGUAAUUGGUAAUUUUUCACAAAGCUAAGUUUAGCUGCACAUGGAGCUGGUUACUGCCGGAUCUGUUGAAUUAAAAACAAAACAAACAAAAAGCAACACAUCACACCGUGAUCUAAAGUAACUAACAAGAAGAAAACUCAUUGACACCAAUCAGUCCUGAAAGUGUUUCAAAUUCAUUUCUAAGGGACUCAGGAAAAGAGUCAACAGUGUCAGUCCUGCUCAAACCAAAAUCAGGUUUCAGUGAUCUAUUCCAGUUCCAAACUGAAAUCCAAUUCAAAUGCUUUGGCAUGACCUUAAUCAGACAGUUCAUGCCUUAAAAUCCUCCAGUGUUGUGAAAGUCUCUUUGCCAGCUACCAGUUAUUAGGGUUAGGGGGCUUUUUAAAAAUGUGCAUAGAGCCAGGAAGGCUUGGAUCGCUUUUUCCCUUAAUAAAUGAAGUCAUCAUUUAAAAAACACAUUUUGUAUUCCAGUUAUCUUUUUCGAAUGUUAUUUUUAUGUAAUCAUUAAUUUUUUUGGCAAUCUGAAACAAUCAACAAAAUAAGAAAUCAGGAAGAGGCCAAACUUUUACAACGCUUUAACAACAAUAUAUUUCUACACAGAUGUCAUGUAAAAGCUACAGUGUUGCCAACCUUUUGGUGUCCAUCCAUUACCGUGCUGAACAUGUUACACACAAUCACCUCUAUAACUGCGCGCGCACACACACACACACACACACACACACACAACAAUCAUAGUUUUUAUGCAUUUAUCAUUUGGUUUGAUGUGUUUAAAUCACUUGUUGAGUGCAAACUGAAGCAGCACCUGCUGUGAUGGUUGUUCAUGCAACAACGAGUGAGUGGGAAUAAAAAUACUGACUAAAUGCAUUUCAGCCAUUUUAACUGUGCUUUUACUGUAAUGACUGCAGACAUCCAAACACGUUCAGACAGCUGUGUAGAAACACUGAUUCAUCACACGCAAAAAAAAAGGAAUUUAUUAAGAUUUUCUUUACUUUUUUAAAAAUUUUUUUAACUUGAGGGUUAUACAUGAUUUGUGUUUAUUACGAUUAUAUGGUGAGAAAAAUGAUAAGGCAUGAUAAUAUUGACUAAAGAAAGAAAAACUAUUUCAAAUGGGGCUCAGGACAAGCCCUUAAGAUGAGAGAAGACUGAAUUAUACAGUACGUGAUGUCGUCGUAUCAUUUUAAACUGAUCUGUGGGCCAGUUGUCCGCUUGUGAGCUUUUCCCAGGUCCACUCAGCUGGACCACGUCUAAAGUCCCUGGAUGUCAGGGACCUUUGGAGAAGCUUGUGCAAACACUGAUUUACAAAUUUAGUUUUUAAACUUUGUGGUUAUUUCUGUGGGAGGAAAAACUCACAUCAGACAGAAUCUAUGUUAAAUAAAUUCAAUGAUAUGUGAUCAUUUGAUCUGAUCAGAGAAAACAAAUUAUUUUUGAAUCCUACAAAGAAAUUGUUUUAGAUUUUUUGUUCCAUUUGUUAAUUAUUCAGGGCUGGUUCUGCUGUGCGCCUGUCGCUUGUAUUGAGAGUCUCUUUCUUUUUGCUUCAUGUCAGGUGGAGUUUCCCUGGUCAGAUUUGGAUUGGGUUGAACAUUUUACAACAAUGCCAUCUGCUUUUUUUUUAAUUAAAACCCACCUGAAAAUAUAAAAACUACAUCAUUCGCUCCUUAUUUCGUCUUUUUUUUGUUUGUUUGUUUGUUUUUUACAGUAUAAUUGCAAAAAUAAUUGUAUUUGAAAAUAAGAAAAAUAAUCCACCUAGAGGUUACAAAAAGCAAAAAGUUGGGAUCUUAUGGCCAAUCACAAAGUAGAUGCAGCCCAAAAGCAUUCAAAUGGGGCCAAAAUGUAUCAAACAAAGAUCGUCUCCUGCUCAGUAAAAGUCUGUGGGAUACCCACCAGGGACCUGAUCACUGAGUUCACAUCAACGCGGAUCAGAGCAAUCUCCCCAUAAGCAUAUAAACUUGACUUCUUUUAAGCCGGAGGAAUAAUUCCAUACAAACUCUAAGUAAUUAACAAUAUACUUAAAUUCAUAUUCAUACAUAUACAGAUUAAUAAAAUGAGCUGGUUAUUUGUGAGAAUAUAAAAGUUUUAAUAAAUGUUUAUUUCAUAUUGUAAUGAAGGGUUAAGUUACUAGUUGAGUAUAUUGUGUUAUUGUAUCUGUAAAGUCACCAUCUAUACCUUAAAAAGCAUUUACUGAUGAAACUGAAAGGUCAGCAGGACCUUAAGACUCAAACACGUCUCCUUUGUCUUCACAGCAAUAAAAGGAAGCAGACAACACAGAGACAAACAGAAGAUACAAAUAUUUAUUAGAAGAUGCAAAUAUAACCCACGUGAAGUUUGUGCAGUAGUGAAAAGUAGAGUCUGAGUUCUUAGGACAGAAAGAGACUGAACAGCUGAAGACAAAAUGUUCUUUAACUUCGAGAUAUUGAAGCUUUUUCCUUUAAAAUAAAACAUGAACACAUGAAAACAUUUCAUUAGGCUUCAUAUUCAAAUGUGCAGACCAUAAACAACAUGUUCUUCAUACUGAAUUAAUAACACAAGUAAAUGUAGAUGUUAGAAGUUCUUUGGUUCCUCAGGUUCAGCUUUGCUCUGGUUUGUAGGUUCACGUCAGGUUAAACUGACUUAUGCUGCUAACUGACAGCACACGAGGUUUAGAGUCAGCUUUAACCUGAGGAACAGAGUCUUCAACAUCCCACAGACAUUUUGCUGCAUUAUCAGCUUACCUUUUGUUUUAUAACAACCUUAUUCACAUUUUAUUUUAAAUGAAGAUGGUUCAGUGUAAACAUAUGGCUGAGUACGCACAGGACCGCGAGACCAAGUACAGCUCCGAUGUCACGAUUAAAUCUGUGGAUGAAAUGACUGUGAUGGACAUGAUUGUGGAUGGUGAGGCUCAGCCAUCUGACACAAUGGUGCCAGGAUCACAACUGUGCCCUCAGUGUCAACAUACCAUGGAGCCGAUCGUGGAUUUCAGGCGGCCCAGGGAGCACGGCCCCACUGACAUCAACAGAGCCCUAGUUGAGCUGGUCUGCAAGUUUAAGUUUCUUGGUGUGACCAUCACAGAGGACCUCAGAUGGUCCACACACACCAACAGCGAGGUUAAGAAGACCCAGGUCUUUGGAUGCUCCACUGACAGCAUCCUGCUGUAUCAUCUGGUACAGAAGCUGCACCAUAGAUUAACCCAGAGAGGGAAGCCGAGUGCAUCAGGGGAGGUGAGUUUCCCAUCCUUCCAGGAGAAACAUGAGCUUGGAUGCAGUGCCGAGUCCAACACAUCAUUAAAGACGCUCACCACCCAAACCACGACCUGUUCCAGUCCUGUGAGAACUCCCAGCCUGGGAAACACUAUAAAUGUGUCCCCAGUCACACAAGUAGGAUCCAAGACAGUUAUUUUCCACCCGCUCUCAGGUUGCUAAACAAAUUAUGACCUGUUUAAUUAUUUAUUAUUACUAUUUUUUUUUUUACCCACUUUUUGCUUUUGUAAAUCUGUAAAUCUGAAUCUAAAUCUAUAUCCUAAUUAAAGUGCCCUGUGGCUCCAACAUCAAUGAUUCUUUCUGUCUUUAAAAGGAGAGCCACUCUUCCUCCUUCAAACUAAGACUCUGGUCCUACACACAUUUAACCUUCAGCUGGGUUGUGUUACAUAGCUGUCACUUGUUUCACUCCUGUCCUUUGUAAAUGCCACGUAAGGAAUAGAUGCAAAAUACUGAAGUAACAACUAGCAGCUGCUUAAACUGACCAUUAAUUACAACAUGAAAUAAGUGUCCCUACAGUAUAUCAGCUGUAUAUGCAUAAAUGAGCACCCACUUUGUUAAUGGUUUAGUUGGAAUUUUCUAAAAAAUGCCAUAAACCAGUAACAGUUCCUAAAUAUUUGCUGUAGUACUUUUUUAUUAUAAGCCGUCACUUAUAGAGUAAUGCUCUCAUUAAACAUGCGAGUCUAUUAAUCAAGACUUAAUUCAUUAUAUUAACAACAUUACUUCUCCUUAAUGUGUCAUUUCAAAACAUGAAUAGUUAAGUGUUUACUGAUACCUUACUAAUGCUUAACAGUGUGCAGUUCUCAUAAAGUGUUAGUGAGUAAGUGUAAGCCAGCAGGCAACUGGCAGUCCAUACAAAAUGGACAUUAGUUUGCUUUCUGUUUAAAGCCUUUUCAUUUGGGUUUUUCAAGGAUGUGGAGUUUGUAUUAGAGGUCGAUGUUAAUGCUAGCCCUAACCUAAAGGUUAAAGAGGAGGGUGUGAAAAUGAAUCGCUGUGUUGCUCAUCACUUCACCUUUUGAGUCUUAUAUAAGACAUCAGGCACAUAUGACUUUAUUUGUUAUGGCAUCAUAGUUACAGUCACACCAAAGACCCACAGACUCAGUGGGAUUUUUGGUGUGACUGAUAGCAUCUGUCUGUAAUGAGAUAUUAUAUUUCCCAGCUUCUGAAUUCUAAUAAAUGUCGAAGGAAAUUGUGCACUGAGUGAGUCAAUCUGGGUUUAAAGUCUUUAUCAGGACACCUCAGCAGGGAGCAAACCUGUGAACACUGUGCCACAGAUCGCUGUGCUCUGAAGCCUGCGGCACUGCACACUUCUGUUGUUUAUUCAGCUCCAGCUUUGGGAUGAUGUUGAGUGCGGCUUUCAUAACCCCCAGUUUGCCUUUUAAGUCUCAAGAUGUGUCUUGCAUGGUGUAAUGUGUCUCAGAAAACAGUCAAAACUAGUUUGACAGUGUAGUUAUACAGAGUGUACAAUUAGCCUGUGGCGCCGCUGUUUGUUCAGUCUGAUACAUUCAAAACGCAGCCGAUGGCUCGGAUCUAACUGGGAACGUUAUUAGACAUGUAAGCUGCUGGUUUGCAUGGGAUGAUGGAAUGUUCUCUCACUUUGUGUGUGUGUGUGUGAGUGUGUCCAUACUUUGGGAUUUAACAUGUAUAGCUCAGUUGGUAUUAGCAGUAUGGUUCUUUGUAGCAUUCUGACCCAGAAAAAAAAAAAGUUAAAUAAGACCAACAUGUGUGUGUGUGUGCAUGUGUGCAUGUGUGUAUGUGUGUGUGUGCAACCACAGUGUUUCCUUACCUGCAGUGCUUUCAUGUUCUCAUAUUACCAGUUCUCUAUCUCUUAUCUCUCUCUUCAACAGCUAUCUCUCUCGCUCUCUCCCUCUCUCUCUCUCGCUCUUACUCUUGCCAAGCCAGCCGGUGUUGACGAAGCACUAGCUGUUGAAAGAGAAUGACUGUGUGUGUGUGUGUGUGUGUGUGUGUGUGUGUGUGUGCGCUGUUGACAGAGCUGAGAGAUUUAAUUGACACCCACAGAGAGAAUUAUACAAGCUUCCAAAUGCUCUCUCUGUGUAUCUGUUUAAUAUUUUGCUGCAUCUAUGCGCAUGAGUGUGUCCUAAUUCCCACCCAUGACCGCAGUGCACAGGGGCUGUGGGGUGAGUGGAGACUCUUCCUUCCCUCUGUUUUAUAGACAGGUCACAUUUGUGUUUCUUCUCUUCUCUCCUCUUCUCCAGCGCUCCCAUUUCUUUCGCUCUUUCCUUCCAUCAUUCAUUCUCCGUCAUUCCUGAUUCUCUCAUCUUCUUUCUCUGAGCAGUUCAUCCUCAUUGUCUUUUUGUUUUUUACGACAUGCUUCAAUCCAAACUUGGAGAAUUACAACACAUCCUGCAAGUUGUUAUCUUCCUGCUUUCUGUCCUUUGUGAUUUCAUAUGUGCUUGCAUUCAUUGUAAGAGUGUGUUACUAUAGUUUGGAGUUACUUGCUUUGGCUUUGUAUCAUAUUUUAUCAGGAUGAGUAUUUUUUUUCCAGAAAAAUAAAUAAAUAUAUUGUGCAAUAAAUGUUUAACCAAUAAAUUGCAUAAAAUGCUGUUUGUGGCAAAAAUGACACAAAUUAUAACUCCAAGAAGUGAAUUUAUAUUACAUUUUUAAAAAAUUAGUCAGAAGGUUCAAUAAACACUCCAGUUUCAAAAAAAUUGAUUUUUUUUUAGCAGUUAAUGGUUCCAACUUUAAAGGUUUAAAGAGCAAAAUGAAGGUUGGCGUAAAACAACUAAUACGACUGAAUAAAACACUGAGUUAUAAAACAAAAAUAAAAUGUGUUGAAAGUUUGUUCAGCUAAUCUAAUCAAUAUUUGUACAUCAACCACACCCCAGUAUGGGGUUACAGAAAUGCAUCUGUGAGUGUGUUUCACUCACAUCAAACAUCAGCCUCUUGUUUUUCAGUAAAACCUGCAAAUUACAAAAUCUCAGCUCUUGAGUUUCCCUAAAAUAUGUCACCUGUCUGGAAACAGAAUGCAGAAAAAGUCAUGAGUAUCAUGAUGGUGUCAUGACAAAUCAAUAAGUUCCCUCAAAUAGUUCCCUCUAGAGGUGUGGAGACCAAAAACAGAGCUAAAAGGACAUUUAUUAUUAGAUUAUAAACAUGAUGGCAAAUGGAAAUGUUUCUUUGUUUAACUGCUGUCGUAGAAUAAGUGGAGCUUUUUUUUGAACAGAUCUUUGAUUUGAGAAGCUCUUCCUUCAGUUUCCACACUCCAGAUGUUUUUCAUUGGGUGAUAAGUCAGCAGCUGCUUUCAUAAACAUCAGCCUGGCUGGACCGUAGGGUUAGAAAACUGUUCAUUUUGCUCGUAGAUUAGUCUAAUGUAAGAUAUACUGUUUAAAAACAGACCUUGUCCCCUAAGACAAGAAUGUCUUUGGAACUGUUGAAUUCUGAUGAGGUAAACACAACCUCAGUAAUCAGUCACUGACUUUUCUUCUUCUUUAAAAAACACUUUUGGCACGUUAGUCCUGCUUCACAGAGUUAAUGACUAAACUGCUUCAUGCAACAGAUUAGUUUGGACAUCUGUCUGAAGUCUGCUGAAUCAGGUUUGUACUAAAGUUAUCGCUGGAGUUUAUUGGAUAUAUCUAUUUGAAUCAAAGAAAAAGCGUUAGUCAUAUAAAACAAAGAUGUUACAUAUUAAUCAAAGCAUGUGCACGGAAUUACAUAUCAACAACAGCAGUGUUUCAGUAGAAUGUAACCACAAUGCAUUCUGCUCAACUGUAACCAUGGAUGGAUUCUAAACCUUGUGAUACUCGUAUUGACAGAUAUGAGGUCUAUUUCUAUGAUGAUUUAUAUUACAAUGAAUUUGAAUCAAACAUACUCAUGCAGAUAUGCCCCAUAAAGGAUGUUCCAUACUCUAUAUGUAGUGUUGAUAAUGCGAACAGCUGUCAGAUGAAUGUGGCUCAAUAAAAUUUCAGCUUUUCCAAAAUGUCACAAAAAGCAAUGAAUUAAAUACAGAUGACGAGAGCAUGUAUGCAGUUAGCAUUUACAGCUGUGUUUUCAUGUCAUCCUGGUAAGUUGUACACUGUGAUAAUUAGAUCUUCAUCUAAAAAUAACGUAUUUUCUUCUUAGUCGUGCACACAGUACAUCACUCUGUACACAUAAAUGAAGCACAUACACACUUAUUUACUCAGUUUAUUACAAGGUUCUGAACUAUUCACUACCAAAAAUCUGCAUAUUCAUAACCCCACUUUGGACUCUGUGCAUGUAUAGAUUACACAGAUCACACAGAGCACAUGUUAAGUCCUCCCUGUUUUAUCUCUACACCACUGCCCCAUCGCCUUUUACAGCCCACUGAAGCUUUUUCAUGCAUGAUAAAUUUUUACAUCAUAAUCAUUUUUAUUUUCAUCCUGAAAGAUGCAGAUGAGGUUGCGAAAUCAUUGAGAGGAUGACAUUAGCUAAUCUUGUUGAUGUGUGUUUGCUUAUGUGCAUAAGUCUGUAUGCAGGAACACAGGUUUGUGCAGUCAUGCAUGCGUGGGUCUUCCCAUAAUGCCGUGUGUAGCUUUCCCCAGAGUGUUGACUGUAUUUAUGUUGAAUAUGUGUGUGUGUAUUUGUCAUAGUCUUUUCAUAAAAAGGAGGAUGAAUGAACAUUGAAGAAGCAUUAGUCUGAGUCAUGCACAAAUCUGUAGUGUGUGUGUGUGUGUGUGUGUGUGUGUGUGUGUGUGUGUGUGUGUGAUGAUCAUAGAGCAAUGGGGCAAAAAUACCGAAGGUCAAACAAUGUGAUCUAUGUGACUUUCUAAUAAACAUUAUUGAAUCACUUUAUACAUGCAGACAGAUAUGAAUCACAUGAAGGGAGGAAAUAUGUGUGUGAGAGUCGGGAUAAAGAGAAUACUGUAUGGACAGCUAUCUAAAUGACACAUUUCCAUAUAAAUGAAUGUUCUGCACUCAGCCUGAAAGCCAUAGUGAUUCAUUGUCAUGCAUGUUAAGAUGCAGUGUAGUGGUAUUUGCUGUGACCUUAGCAUUCUGUCUGUUUCACUAUUAAUUAGGGUUAAAGGUCAGUGUGCUCUUUAAGGUAUUAAGAAAACUUAGAAGAAGAAAGAAAGUAACAGAAGCCACAGAAAUUACCAAAGUUUUGGUUCAUCUGCACUGGUUUUGUUCAACUAGUCAGGCAUCGACAAACUACGCACUGCAACAAAUGCUGACUUCUGCUUACUACAAAUGUUUGCAUUAUUUGGAAACUGGCACUUCCUGAAAGCUGUCAAAUUCUUACAGAACCUUUUAGUUAUGAUUUCACGUGAAGUGCUCAAGUAUCACAAAGACUGAACAUCAUAUAUCACUACAGGGUAAAUCAGGUAUAGGUAACAAUGAUGUAUAAAGAGGCACAUCUAAUAUUAACUCUUAAUUCUCCUAAAAUGCUGAAACCAAAGUUAUUUUUUUCUCUUUAGGUAUGACAGCAGCAUCACUCCAUCGGUCAGUCAGUGUCCUAUUUUGGCCCAGACAUAAAAAUGUAAUAAGUAGAUGUUUGCUCUAAACAUUGCCAGUUGU